GAGCCAAGGAUUCCAAUGAUAUAAGACACUUGAAUUUAUGACAACGUGUAUAUUACAUUCACCAGUGCAGUAUGUAAUUCUCAUAGAGAUGGUCUGUCCAUGAUUGGUUUAACUGAGGUCACAUGUUCUCCGCUGCAGUCAGAGACUUCCAGCAGGUGUUUGAUGUCUGGCUCUCGACCUCCAAUCAGAACAGAGCAUUUGAUGGCACCUCACCAUCUCAGCCAAUGGAAGAGAAGCAGAUCACUAUGCCGACAGACUUUGCUGAAGCGAUGCUGGACAGUUUCUACUGUCCUCUGUGUGGGAAACACAGUAACAGUGAUCGGCAGUGGCAGCAGCACAUCUCCUCAGAGAAACACAAGCACAGAGUGUUCAGCGGAGAGGGAGAGGACGAGAGCCUGGCCUGGUCCCAUCGCUUCCCUGGACCCUGUUAUCAAUUUUACGUUAAAUGUAACUUUGCAACUUAA